AUGGCCGAAGACACGAGGAACUACAGGCUGAAGAUUUCGCCGCCACUGCUGAACUCGGCCAGUCCCUGGGCCACAACAAUUGAGCAGAUCAAGGAACUGUACGAAUGCGAGCAUACCGGUGCUGUCACAAUACGGACGUCCCUCCUCGAAGGCUUCGCCGAAGACCCCUCCAUCCACCAAUACAUCUACCACAACAAUUUCUCCGUUCCCGCCGGCUCUCUCGUCAACUACGACCCUAAGCCUACCCUCCAUGCGCCCAAAAACAACCACCAACACAACCAUGAAGACACCUCAUCAUCCCAAACCUCCACCCUCAACACCCUGGGCUACUCCCCCAUCACCCUCUCCGAAUACCUAGGCCACAUUAACGAAAUCGUCGGCCAACGACACCUAGGCACCAACAUCGACGUCCCCAAAAAGCCCUUCAUCCUCUCCGUGACAGGAACACCCGAUGAGAUAGCCAUGGCGUACGCCUUGAUCGCCAACGCGGCCGAGAUGGACGAAGACUUGCGGCUGGCGAUGGAAGUGAACCUCUCGUGUCCAAACAUUGCCGGCAAGCCGCCGCCUGCGUAUGAUGCGGGCGAGUUGAGGGAGUAUUUGGGCGCGCUGGGGGACAGUAAGGCCACUUACAGGGGCAGGAUGGCGGGCCCGGAGAGUGAGGUGAGGGUUGGUGUGAAGUUGCCGCCGUAUACGUACAGUGGGCAAUUCGAGAUGGUGGCCAAGGAGCUGGCGCAUGCGAAGAGUUCGGAGCCGGGUGAGGGCAGUGUGGUUGAUUUCAUUACCUGCACCAAUACCCUCGGCUCUUCCUUGAUACUCGACGCAGACCUUAAGCCCGCCCUAAACAGCGAGUCCGGCACCGGUAUUGGCGGUCUUGCCGGCGCAGCCCUGCACCCGCUCGCACUUGGCAACGUCGCGACUUUCCGAAGACUGCUGGACCAGCAACCCGAGACGAGGGAUAUUCUGGUGAUUGGCGUUGGUGGAGUUGAGGACAAGGGAGGGGUUGAGAGGAUGAGAAGUGUGGGUGCGGGCGCCGUGGGGUGUGCUAGUGCUCUUGGGAGGUUUGGUGUUGGGGUCUUCGCGAAGAUGGCAAGUUGA